AUGUCUGCGACUGGAUCUUUCUCUGCGCCUCCGCAGGUUCACUCGUUUGAUGGCGUGCUCUCUGACUUUGAUGGGACGAUCGUGGACUCGACGGAUGCAAUCGUGAAGCACUGGCACAAGAUUGGCGCCGAGCUGGGCGUCGAUCCCCAGGCCAUCCUGGCAACAUCGCAUGGCCGUCGAAGCAUUGACACAAUGCAGCUGUACGAUCCGAGCAAGGCCAAUUGGGAAUACGUCAACUUCAUCGAGGGCCGCAUCCCCAAAGAAUACGGCUCCGAUGCCGUCGAAAUCCCCGGAGGCCGCGAUCUUCUCUCGGCCCUGGAAGGCUCCGGCGCUCGAUGGGGCGUGGUGACCUCUGGGACGCGCGCCCUGAUCGAUGGCUGGUUAGAGGUCCUCGGGCUGACGCACCCGAAGAUCCUCGUGGUCGCUGAGGACGUGGAGUUGGGCAAGCCCGAUCCGCGCUGCUACCUGCUGGGACGCAAGAAGCUGGGGCUCGAGGACUCGAGCUCGAUCGUGGUGCUUGAGGAUGCGCCGUCUGGAAUCAAGGCUGGCAAGGCGGCCGGGUUCAAGGUUAUUGCGCUGACUACGACGCACUCGCUUGAGAAGCUUCAGGCAGCUGGCGCGGACUGGAUUGUGGAGGAUUUGCGCAGCGUCGCUGUGAAGAGUGUCGCGGAUGCUCGGGUGCAGCUCGAGAUCAAGAAUGCAUUCCAAUAG